AUGUACACAUUCAAUAAUAAGCUGUACCUCGGGUCCCUUUUGGCCCUGCAGGCCUGCACCAAGGUCAUGGGCGCCUCAGCUACAUCGGGUGUCCUCGAAGUCGACUUGGUCUUCCCACGCAAUGAGACAUACGCGCCCUCCGCACAGAUGCCCGUCGUGUUUGCCAUUCAGAACCCACAUCUGGUUGCGCCGCUCAACAUGAACGUUUCUUACAUUAUCACGCCUCCCCGCGAUUACAAUAACAUGGGCGAGCCAAGCCUAUUCAAUUUGAACUCGACCAGCUCCUCUGACAGCGAUCCUUACUUCCUCUAUAACAACACUGACUUGGUCAACACCGAGGGCACGUGGGAACUCACCUGGAUCGUGGAAUACGGACGUUGCACCGGGUCCAGUGGGGGUAUUAUGUUUUACCCCAGCAAUUCCACAAUUGAUAGUAUCAUCUUCACCACCAAGGGUGGCGCGGCGAAGCCGGACCUCAUUGCUGCCAGCAAGAAAGAUACCUGCGCUACAGGUAUUGCAGCCUGGAAUGUUACGGGGGCAAUGGAUGUGGAAGGCACCGAUUGGGGCGGUCAUGACACCUGCGCGGUCGUUUCGAAGAGAUCACCAUGGGCUACUGUGGACCCUUGUGCGGUCAAGUUCGACUCUGCUACUGCUUCAAAUAUCUCGGCUGCCUUGAAUGUCACUGCGGAUGACAAAGACUCCGCAGAUGAGAAACAUUCUGGAGAUGAGAAGGAUUCUGACGAGAAAGAUCCUGCGGCUGAUAAUGCGGGCGCAGUGCAUCUGCCGGUGGGUGGAGUGACAUUGCUGACAGCGGUUUUCGCUGGGCUCACUUACAUCCUUGCAUAG